CGCUCGCAAGGCUCGGUCGCGACUCGUAGCAGCAUGCCCGAGAAUCCUUCGACGUCAGCGCCUGCCGCGCCGGUCAUCUCGUCGCGCAUCCUCGGCCUCAAGUUCAUGCAGAAGCACCGCGCCUCCAAGGGCGAGCCCGCGGCGCCGCCCGAGUCGGCGCCGGUGGCCGAGCCGUCGUUGUCGUCGCCCGCGCUCUCUGGGCCGCAGGCCCUGCUCCAGUUCCGCGCCGGCCGCCGCUCGUACGGCGCCUUCAACCCAAAGCUCGAGGCGCGGCUCGCCGAUUUGGGCGAAAAGAAGCGGGCAGCCGCGGCGGAGCUGGAGGCGGCGGCGGCGGCGGCGACGCAGCGCGCGCAGCAGGAGGCGGCGGCUGCCGAGCUGCAGGCUGAGCGGGACGCGGAGGCCGCGGAGCGAGACGAGGCCGACGCUGAGAUGGCGGCGCGCUGCUGUAGAUUGCGGAGACCCGCGCGGUACCGCAAGUACGUCCCCGCUGGCGGCGUCGGGCGCGCCGGGCCGGCCUCUCUCUCGUCUCUCGCGCCGGACCUGCCGCCGAAGGAGCCUCCCGAGGUCUCGCGGCCGGUCCUCGUCACGGACGCACCGCUCGGCGCCGGCCGCGGCGGCGGCAAGCGCAAGGCGGAGGGCGGCGGCGGCGGCAGGAAAGGCGGCCCGUCCUCCGCCAAGGAAAGGCGACGGUGAUUGUGCCUUAAAGCCAUUUUCACAACCCCUGCCUAGACGAGUACAGCUAAACUUAAAACUAGAGUUGCUCGGCUCA